GUCCAAGCUGAUUUAACAAAAAACACACGUCUGUCUUGUUCUGGAUUAAAACGUGCUGUGACAGCCUGAGCCAAGCCUGGGGGAAAGCCUGGUGAGAGCAGGCUAGGAGCAGAAGAUGCAGUCUCUUGUGCGUCUGGACCAUCGUGCCCUCCAUUAAGCUGCCCAAACGAGAAUACCCUCGGCAACCGAGCCCUUCGUAGCCCUGUUGCAAAAGAUCUGCUCAACUGGUGGAAAAUGGAAAGAAAGAGGAAGUGAAAAAGAAAAGAAAAGAGGCAAGAGGAUUCAGCAGUAAACAUUUUUAGCCACUUCUGACCCAUUGCCCUGUAGGACUUCAGAAAGCCCAGAUGAUCUGAAGGACUUCUGCACAACUUUGCAGGCCAUGCUCACUCAGCCCAAAUACCAGGGUGCUGCCACUGGUGACGAAGCACAGAGAAAGGUCCAAAGAGGUCACCUGUUGACAAGACGUUAGCCUUUUAUUCCACAACCUUCUGAAGAGAAUGGCUUUACGGAACAGAAUCCACACACAGGAUUUGGAUGAUGACUGCAAGGUCCAACAAGUGCACGAGGCAGAGACAUGGGCAAGCAUUUGCAAUAAUCAGGCUGUUAAUCAAUGACUUCCUCUUUAAUCCUGAAAACAAACUAGAAGUUGUGAAAUGCAGGGACACAAUACGCAAUAACGUGAUCUAAUCUGCAAAGUGACAAGGCUGAGAGUGGAAGUCCUGACAAGAGCAAUGGCUCCAGCAUGGCCAAAGUGGUGGGAUGGUCACUUAGAUUAGUGCACUGCGAGGCAGCAUCCAAAGUGCAUGAAGAGCAAAGUGGUGACCUGCAGGCUGUGCAGGGUCCACCUCCUUCUGCAAGCAGGCCAUGCUGAAUUUCCUCCACAGGGCCUGAAUGGGACAAUCAGUGAUGGGGCAUUUGCUUGGAAGACAGAGGAGAGCAGUGAAAAUCAGCUCGUGGCCAUGUGAGGCGUGACCUGACAGAGGAGCUGCAGAACUUGGCUUCCAAGCACCCCAACCUGGUCAUCGUCCCACUCGAAGUCACCAAGCCCGCCAGCAUCAAGGCAGCUGCAGCCAGCAUCGGGGAGCGCCUCAAGGACUCGGGUCUCAACCUCCUCAUCAACAAUGCUGGCAUGCUGGUUUACAAGACGCUUGACACUGAGACACAGGAGGACAUGGCCCAGGUGUACGCCACCAACACCAUUGGGCCCCUGCUGCUGAGCCAGGAAUUCCUACCCCUGCUGAAGAAGGCUGCCCAAGGGAGCCCAGGCUCCGGGCUGAGCUGCAGCAAGGCAGCCAUCAUCAACAUUUCCAGCGUUGGCGGUUCUAUCAAGGAAGUCCAUAUGUGGAAAUCUGCACAAUGUGUCUCAUAUCGCUGCAGCAAGGCUGCUCUGAACAUGCUCACCAAGUGCCAGUCCUUGGGCUAUCGGGAACACGGCAUCCUCUGUGCUGUUUUUCAUCCUGGCUGGGUACAGACAGAUAUGGGGAACACAGCUGGAGACAAGCCCCCUGUGACAGUAGAUGAGAGUGUAGGAGGGAUGCUGAAGGUGAUGUCCUCCCUCUCCGAGAAGGACACCGGGACCUUCCUGGACUGGGAAGGGAAAGUAGUGCCCUGGUGAGAUGCUGGCCCAGCCUCAUGCCCGGAUCCUGGCAGCGGCCCCUCUGCUGCUGCCCAACCUCCCCCACAUCCUCAAUAAACUCUUUUCUUAAAACAGUA